GAACCCGGGUCCCCAGAACAUUACCUGGGUCUUUGGAUUAAACAGUCCAGCGAUAAUACCAUUAGGCCAUCACCUCCCCUGUACUUAUGUGGUCAGCUAGAUCCUUUUGUUGAUUCUUGCAUAGCAGAGACCUGAUGGAACUAGCAAGAAAGGUUACGUGGAAAGAACUGUAACAGUGACUUAUUACAGCUCGCUACCUCUACUGAGAUCUGAAAUGGAGUGCCACUGAUCAACAGGAGUGCAGACCUAACAAUAAUGUCAGUUUUGUCUUUGAAAUCCUGAGAGAUGUCAUCCUGAAACCCUUAGGCUAUUUGCCAUUGUUCUUGCCAAAAUGUUGAAGAUAUGAGUCCAGAAGCCCAGGAUUGGGAUGCUAUGGUUGAUCUUGAGGGUUCUCUGUUGGGGUAGAUGGACGGUUCAUGGUUGUUAUUACGUGUGCUGGGAGGACCAUUUUAAAAAAAAAAUAGUAGUGAAGUUUAGGAAGGGAGUUCAGAAGUGUGGGGCAUUGGUGGUUUAAGACAUGACUUUUAUUGGUGGGAUAAAAGAAUAAUAGACAAGAGGCUACAAUUAGAGGAAAUUUAGAGCUGGAAGAGGUUGGAGAUUGGGAAGGAUGCCACUACAAAAAGAUAUAGACAUAAAGAAAAUUUUUAAUUUGUGGUUUGGGAGCAGGAGGCAUUAUUGGUGAGCAGCCUUAGAGUUUGGUGGGGCCAGGAUGUGAAUAACAACACUUCGUAUUAAUUGAAGUUUACAAAGAAUAUUGGAAUCCUCAAAUCUGAGGAAGAUAACUGCAUGGGUUUAACAACCGAAGGAUAUUUUAGGGUGCAAUUGACAACGUGCGGAAGUGGUGGUAGGUAUUCUUUCGAAUGCAGAAGAUAGGGACAAAAAACUUAACUUGUGAUAAAUGACCGUGUUACAUUUGUAAGUAAUUUGGUUCAUUUGAAAUGGUGACCUUGGUGGCAAUGAUUUGCGGUUUAUGUGCAGGCUAGACCCAUUAGAUUUAACUAAGGUUGUAGAUGAUGUUGUGGUGGAGGAAUGGGAAGUUUAAGAAAGUGGGAGUCAAGGAUAGAGAACAGCAUUAAAAUAUAGGAGUAGAAUUCGGCCAUUAGGUCCAUCCAGUCUGCUCUGCCAUUCAGUGAUGGCUGAUUUGUUUCUCAAUCCCAUUCUCCUGCCUUUCCCCUGUAAUCGUUGAUCUGCUUACCAAUCAAGAACCUAGCUAUCUUUGUCUUAGGAGCAGAUUUAGGCCAUUUGAAGCAUUGAGGAAUAAUGGAGUCAGUUCAGUGAGGUAGUAAAUCAAAACCUUUCCGGAAGGUUCUUUGGUUUCACUUAGAGGAAAUAAGUGUUGCUAUGGAAAUUAAUGGCAAAAGAAAUAUUGUGAGCAAUAGAGAGCCAAGUAGAGUUUCAAAAUGCAGUUACAAGUGAUGGUACAGAGUUCAUUUCAGAGGGUGUCUAGGUGUGAAUUUUUUUGUUUGCUGCCUCUUGGAACUGCUUUUCAAGUUAAAGGCGCUUUUUCUCCCCCCGUUGAAUUUGUCUUCUCUCGUCUUUGGAUUCCGCACUGUCUUUAGCAUUCAGUACAUUAAAAGAAAAAUGCAAUUUCAAUACUUGCGGUGAACAGCAAAGAAUUUAGUUUAAUGAAAUAGUUUUGUGUCUUCAUACAUGAAACUCCAUUAUUCCAAAUUAUUUGGGUGUGGAAAAGAUAAAUUUGGAUUUUGUAGUCAAAGUCAAUGAUUUUAUGAAAAAUCAUUAGACAUUGUUGAGAAAAUAAAAGCACUUAGAUGGUGGAUUAGCCAAUCAGUAAUGUACAACAUUUUACUGGUAAGUCUCACUAAGUUUAAUAUAAUACAAAGUAAUUUCCAUUUUGGAAUUGAUGCUGCCCUGCUUUGUAAACCGGAGUCAGGGUAUGACCUGGAAGUGAUAGUUCAGUGACAACAAGGUGUAGAGCUGGAUGAACACAGUAGGCCAAGCAGCAUCAUAGGAGCAGGAAGGCUGACGUUUCGGGCCUAGACCCUUCAUCAGAAUAUGUUCAGUACUACCUUAAAUGGAUACAAAUUCGGUGUAUGCAAAGUGUUUCGUGGGACAUUUGGGUGAUACUUCCUUGGCUACUUCCUAAAACAUUCUUUUAUUCUGAAAUAUUUAAAGAUUAUGAUUCUGCUCUUCUUGUUCUCUUCUUUAGAGAUUUAACUUUAAUUGUGGUUCAUAACUUUACAGCUAAGUGUAUGCAGGUGAAUACAGAUUUCUCCCUUGGGGAAGCUGUUUAAAAUGAAUCAUUCAUUGGAGAAUUCAAUUCCCUAUGAGGAAUAUUUACGAAUGAAAGCACGGACAAUACCACAGCAUCGCAUGAAGGAAUUUUUGGAUUCCAUGAAUGGCAAAGGGUCUGAAGAAAUCCAGCAAUUCGUUCAAACCCCUGUUACAGUGUACCAGCAAAGAGGACACUAUAUCUACAUGGACAGUGCUGAUGUUGCUGGGUCAUUGCUGGAGUUGUCUAGACCAAUUAGUUCUCCAAUUCAGCAACAUGUGUCACAGGGAUCACCACUAGGACAGCAGCAGAUGCAAUCUCACCAUGUACAGGCACAACAAGUCCACCAGUUGGAAAUUCAAACAGACCACCAGUCCUUGCAAGCGAAGCAAAUGCAAGCCCAAUUACAGUCGCAGACAUCUUCUGAGGAGCCACAAACUGGUAGCCAAGCUGUCAACUCCAUAGCGCAAGAAAGAAGGCCAAGCUCUUCGGGUGUUCCACAGCCUGUGAAGAAAAGGAAAGUUGAUUUACCAACUGAAGAAAGCUAUACCAUGAGUCAGCCUUCAAUACAAAAUACCGUGACCACUGUGCUUACCCUGUCUUCUCAGGCCCAACAGCAAGGGUACAUUCCCAUUCGUCAGGAGCUGCUUACAGUGGACAGCAGUCAGUUAUAUGGUGUUGCUCCAGCUACCACUUCAGCUACAGGCCAGUUAUCCAACACAGAAUCAUGGACUAUAUAUACGACACCUGCACCUUGCUCGGAAGGCCAAACUGUACUCCAGUCUGCAAUUCCUCAUGACACUUGUAAUUUAGUCCAAAUUGAUGAAAUUCCAAUGAGUAUGACUGGGAUCAAAAUAGAAGAUGACAAGGAUAAGACUCAAGUACUGUCAGAUGGUGGGAAAAACCUACAAGAUAAAAUGAUCCAGCCAUCUGUGACAGCUGCUUUUUCAACACAGUUCGUGAAUGUGAAUGGAAACCUUCAUAUUCCUGUUACAGUACAAGCUGGUGGGAGAGCCUUUCAGUCUCUGAAAUACUGGGAUCCACAACAAUUACAGGUUCAAGCAAUGCAGACACAUACGACGGAACAGCAAAUUGAGGUGCAGACUGAUUUAAUGCUUCCUGAUUCUCUAAAACCAGAAGAAGGGGCUAGUGUCUGGCAGAACUGGGCUCAAGUUAAGAAUGCAGAAAUUAUGAAGGAAGCUGAAAAUAAACCCCCUUUGCCAGGAAGACGACAGCCAAUGAAGUUUAGAGAAGAUGCUCUUUGUGCAACAUUAGUAGAGCUCAAUUAUGGACUUUGUUUGAUGACCAAAGAAGCAAGAUAUUCCGAUGGUUCACCCUAUGAAGCAGACUUGCUGUAUUAUUUCUUUCUUUGUAUUCAGAAGCAUAUGUUUGAAAAUGGAAGAAUAGACAAUAUUUUUGCCGAUCUCUACUAUUCUAAAUUUACUGAAAAAUUACAUGAAGUGCUAAAAGAAUGGCAUCCUAAAAUAAGUCCGCUUGGUUAUGUCAUCCCAAGUCGAAUUACUGAGGAGAUGCUUUGGGAUUGUAAGCAAUUGGGAGCGCAUUCUCCAGCUACUCUUUUGUACACACUUAUGUAUUUCAAUACCAAGUACUUCAUGCUUAAAACAGUCGAACAACACUCUAAAUUAGCUUUCUCCAAAGUAUUAAAACAGAUGAAAAAGAAUCCAGGCAAUUCAAAGGAUAAAUGUUCUAGUAUACGAUAUCUACGAUUAUAUGGACAACUUCAAGCCGGACAGAAAGUUACAGAAGAUAUGUAUGUGGAACAACUUGAAAAUUCCGAAAAUCCCUUGAGGUGUCCCAUAAAACUCUAUGACUUCUACCUCUUUAAAUGUCCACAGAGUGCUAAAGGGCGAAAUGAUGCCUUCUACUUGAACGCUGAACCAGUAGUUGCUCCAAAUAGCCCAAUCUGGUAUUCAACACAGCCAGUCAGUAAUGAGGCAAUGGAACAAAUGUUGACCAGAAUACUUAUGAUAAGGGAGGUUCAAGAAGCUUAUGUAAAUACAUAGAUUCCUCCCUUCGGGUGAGAAUUUCCCAAAGCAGGGUGCUGGUGGAGGAACUGCCAGUCAAAAGUAAGUCAUAGGAAGAUUAUUUUGUCAGAGAAACAUCUUUGUCUCUUCCUGCUCCCUAAGAUGAUGUUCAUGCACAGUGUGCUUGAGGACUUGUGUAACAUGAAUAUGGAUGUCAGAAUUUGUAAACCCCGUGAAUUUGUGGGUGACUUGUAUUCCAGUUCUAAGGCUUGAUCAGUUCUAUUGUUUCUUUAAACUAUACAUAAAAAUGUAACUGUCUAAAUGAACAAACUGUAAAUAAGAGGAAAGUUUAAAAACUAUUUCUUCCAGUUGGUAGUAAGUUUGCUACUUCAUCUAUAAAUUCUUUAAUGGAACUUUGAAUUAAAUAUAAAUUAUGUGCAUUCCAAUUUGUGGCAACACACAUAAUUGUGAUCAUUGUAUAACUUAACUUCUUGUUUGAAUCUAGACUCUCAGUUCUGUCUGUACUUUGAUUACAGAUGCUUCCACGAACAGUUUUUUUUAGCAGACUGACAUGUUCUUUAAGUGUCUGUCUUUUUUUGUAUGUAAUGUACCUGGUGUACUUUAUGUGCCUAAUGUGGAUAUUCCACUACAGAUUUUGAGAAGAAACUUUAUAAAAUAUGAAAAUUACAUUUGCAUGAACAAACAUUAAAUUGGGUUUAAAAAAAAUGUUGGCUUUAGGUUUUAAACCAGAUCAACGUUACCUCACGGACCUCGUGAUAUCGUGCCUUGGUAUUAGACAGGCACAGGAUAAUUUCUUAUGGACUAUAGUGUACUAGAAAGCUUUUUGCAUAGUUAGUUUUGGUGGUUUUUACUUUUAUGGGGAUAAUUUUUUCCACUCUUUUGUUUUGAAUCAUCGACUAAAAUCAGUACUGUUACACACGUAGUGCUUACCAGGGAUACCAUGUUACCUUUGUAAUUUUUUAUACAGAUCAUUCACUAAUUUUGUUGGUCUAGGUAGAAACAAUAAAUUUUGCCUAUGAAAGUAAAAUGCA